AUGACAGAACAGUAUUUGACUGUUAAUGGAACACAUUCAGCUGGAGCUAAGAAAAAAGGUUAUAUGAUAAAAACCUAUUCAUUUACUACAGAUGAUGAUGAUGCAGCAGCAGAUAUCCCUGAUUCUCGUCCAACUUUGAACAAUAAUAAUACAUUAUCCGUAGUAUCACCUUCAGCAGAUAAUAUCUCUAAUGGAGAUAGCGUUUCAGAUUCCAGUACUACAGUCAAGAAAAGAAAAUCACGAAGGUCAACUCCAACUGAGAUGACUGGUGAGAAAAUUCUUCUGCCAAUUAAGAAAAAUCCGUGGUAUAAAAAAAUCAAUUGGUCAAAACCGAUCGUGUUCAUCGGAAUGAUAUUGACGAUUUAUAUAAUGUGGCUUAAAAGAGAUGUAAUUAUUCCUCGAAUAUUAUUAUCAUCAACUGUUCGCACGCGUCUUUCUACUAUUUCAAAACAUGAACGGACUAUUGAUGAGUUAGCAAAUCCAUCAACAAUAGAAAACUCUUUUACAGACUCACUGUCGGAUAUUUCUCAUGAAGAUAAUUUUAUUGAUAAUACACAGGAUUACAAUUCUGAGCUAAGCGAUGAUGAGGAGAAUUCAACAGUUUCCUCCUCUAAAUCAUAUAGAAAUAAUAUACUCAAUGUGAAAGUACGAAAGAAUAAAAUGAAUUUUAAUCAAGAAUCGUCAAACAAAAAGAAAUCUUCUCUCACACAAAAUCAACCUAUUGAAAAUAAAAAACAAACAAAAUCAGUCAAACCAGUUGUAUCAACAUCAUCAAAAAAACAAAAUCGUGGAUCUGUAGUUCAAUAUGAAAGCUUUACACGUAAACCUUAUUUAUAUUCUAAUACAAAUAUAUUUACUUUCGAUGAUAUUAUCGAAGAAUUACGAAAAAAUCUUACAUCUCGGAAACGAGAUAGUCAAUUUUUAUCGAAAGCAUUAGCAGCAACUGGUUUAGACAAAAAUACAUUAUAUCAAAUUGUCCAUAAAAAGAAGUUCAGCUUGUUGACGCUUCGAACAUUUGCUUCAUUGUUAGAUGCAUUUAAUUUAAUGAUUCUAAUUGUAUCUAAAUAA